AUGAUUAAACUUGUUUUCCCAACUACGUCCGAUUCGGGUAUUGAGGUUAAAUUCAAAACGGAUAUGAUGUAUUUACCCUCGGGUUAUUACACGCUGGAGAAACUUAUAAGUACUCUAAACGCGUAUGUUUCUGAAUACGAUGUACGUUUUACGAUAUUAAAUAGCGGUAGAAUUGGUGUAACUUACAGUAUUGAAAGAGAAUAUUGGUAUUCAGAUGUUCAUAUAAAAAAAGCUACGUCCGACGCACCGGUACAAGUUUUUCAAACCUUUACACAAAAUACGGAUGAGGGUAAUGAAUUUGAAAUGGUGUUUACAGAAACUCUAGAAUAUAUGUUGGGUUUAAGAAAGAUAAUAGUACAUCCCAGUGUCGAGAAAACAAAAGAAGAUUUCAAUGCGGGAGCAUUUUUUUUCGAUAAUGCAAUAAAACCACCACAUGAAUGGUAUCAUUUUAUGAAUAAAGCUAACAAAAAAGGUGAUAAUAAUUUUGCUUGUUCUUUUAUGGCUGAAGCAUUGCCCGAUAUAUCAAAUGGGGUAGAUAAAAUGUUUAUAUAUUGUGACCAAGUGGAAAUGUCAAUUGUGGGUGAUACAUAUGCGUCAUUACUUGCAAUUGUACCCUUAAAAGGAGAAGACCGAGGCAGUGGUGCACUAUGUGUAUACACACCGCCGGAUACACGACGUAGAUUAAUCAAAAGUAAAAUUGAUCAAUUUAAAAUCGGUAUUUAUGAUACAACGCAUACACUGAUACCAUUCAGUAGUGGUACUAUUAACAUUGAGUGUAUCAUAGAGUGA